AUGGGCGGAGUGUGCGAAAGCUGCUCCUGGUCUUGCAGACCGGUGUGGCCACUUUUUAUUAUUCUGGUGACAAUACCGUGUAUGUUGCACUGCUCAGAGAGCCCUGCAGCAGUAGGGAAAAUGUAUCCACGCGGCAACCACUGGGCAGUAGGUCACUUAAUGGGAAAGAAGAGCACCGAGAGCCUGCCUGGACCUACGGAGACUAACCAUGACAGUGAAUACCUCCAACCCUCAGACACAGCUGUGGUCACAGAGAGACUGAUGGAGGCUCUGAUGCAGCAGAAGAACCAGAAACAGACGAUGCCAGAGACUGCAGACAGGCUGCUUUGGCUGCACAGCGGCUGGAGAGAAGAGGACAGAGACAAAUAUCUCAGAGAGAAGUCAGACCUGCUUCUUCUGGCUUUGAAACUGCGGGACAAUAACUCCACCUGAAUGCAAGCCGAAAUUAAAGAAGGGUCUUCUUC